CAACGCCUUGUGAAGAUUGCCGGCCCCCACUCAAUUUCAGCAAUGUUUCGGUGUGGACUUUUGGUGCUUUCUCCGGCUUGUUUCAGAGGCAGGAUCCCGUCUUUACUUGAACUAGCCUCUAGAGAAAUCAAGGAUGUUUUGUAUAUCGAUAUAUAUGGAUCAAAGAAUGAAUCUCUUGGGAGGUUUUAUGGUUUUUUAGCGGAUGUUUACGGUGUUCACUCCUGUGGGAGUUUAGAUGUCAGGGUUUUGCAACCCGAGCAGAAACAAUGCGAAACAAGGAAGUUAUCUCAUGUUCCUGAAGUUGCUUUUCUGCGAGACUUUUCCACAGAUGUUGGUUUGGACUUGCAGACUCUAAAGCGCCAUGUUCAACGACGUUUUCCGACACUAGAAGCAGAGAGAGUGAAGAUCAUUGAGCCCAUAAUCAAAGAGAGAGAAGAGAAGCAUUGGCCAGAGCCGAAGACGUAUGCAGAGACCGUUUUAGGAGGGACGUUUGAUCACAUCCAUGCUGGACACAGGUUGUUGUUGAGUGUUUCUUGCUUGCUAUGCACCAAGAGAAUCACUGUUGGUCUGGCUGAUGGGCCAUUGUUAUCCAAGAAAGUCCUUAAAGAACUGAUGCAGACCUUUGAUGAGCGCAAGAAGAUUGUUGAACAGUUCAUUGAAGAUAUUAGUCCAGAUCUGCACCAUAAUGUUGUGCCGAUAACAGAUCCCAUAGGACCAUCUGGUACUGAUCCUGCUCUGGAAUGUCUGAUUGUCAGCCAGGAAACAAUCAAGGGAGGGGAUUUUGUUAAUGCAGCCAGAAGAGAGAGAGAUCUUAACGACCUGGAUGUUCAUGUCCUGGAAUUGGUAAAUGAGGAUGUUGGUGACUUCGUUCCUGGACAAGAAAGCGGAGAAGUGAAAAUGAGCUCAACCAUGGAGAGACACAAGCUACUGGGAACUCUGCUCAAACCAAGCAAACCCUGGAAUACCAGAUCGGCAAAUGAACAUUCAAGGCCCUAUGUGAUUGGUCUAACUGGUGGAAUAGCCAGUGGGAAGUCUUCAAUAUGCAGAAGACUCGAGGGGCUUGGAGCAAAGACAAUUAAUUGUGAUCUUCUUGGUCACAAGGCUUAUCUCCCUGGUACUAAAGCAUUCGAUGAAAUAGUCAAGGUCUUUGGGCAAGAUGUGAUGAGUAGUGAUGGUACCAUUAACAGGAAAGCACUUGGUGCUAUUGUGUUUUCAGACAAGUCAAAGCUUGAGCUCCUAAACAAUAUUGUUUGGCCAGAAAUCAUGCGAAUGGUAGAGGAUAAGAUUUUGGAAUAUGGGGACCUAGGAAAGAAGGUUUGUGUCAUUGAGGCAGCUGUAUUACUAGAGGCGGGAUGGGAUAGGGUGAUGAAUGAGGUAUGGGUGUCAAUCAUCCCUGAAGAUGAAGCUAUACUCCGCAUGACAACAAGGGAUGGUAUGAGUGAGAAGCAGGCACGGCAAAGACUACAGGCACAGAUGAGCAACUCAGAGAGGGUUAACAGGGCAAAUGUUGUUCUGAGCUCUCUCUGGGUCCCAGACUACACACAGAAGCAAGUGGAAAGGGCCUGGAAUGGGUUACAGGAGAGAUUAAAUAAUAAUAUUGGACCCCAGUCCGCACUUUAGAAACCUGAGAAAUACUCCAAAUACAAUACUGUGAGGGUAAUCAGCUAGUAUGGAUAAGUGAGAGUGAUGUGAAAAAUGCAAUAGAAAAGCUGUGACAGUGGGUCAUAUGAGGAAGUAUGACUUGGACGUCUUCAGAAACUACACCCUUUAACAAAAGUACAGUUACCCUUUACAUUGUCCUAGCCAAGCUGAUAUCUCAGCGGCUACAAGAAAACAAACAAUCAUAGAAAUGUUAAGAAAAUAAAUUUUGAAAUUUAUGACACAUUUUGUUCAUUGAAAGGGUUACCCCUGCGUUUAUUACAUACAUUGCUGUACAUGAUAUUAUUUAACAUGAAUGACAAUAAAUAAAAUUGGACAAUGUAA